AUGAUGAAUUUUAAUAUCUCGCCUGCCAACCACCAUAGUUUCAUUCUGACAGGUAUCCCAGGAAUGCCAAACAAGAACCCAUGGAUGGCCUUUGCCUUGGGAUUUCUCUACACACUAACUCUCCUGGGAAAUGGCACCAUCCUGGCUGUCAUCAAGGUGGCUCAGAGUCUCCAUGAACCCAUGUACUACUUCCUUUCUAUCUUGGCUGUGACUGAUGUUAGUCUCUCCAUGUCUACCUUGCCCUCCAUGCUCAGCAUCUUCUGGUUUAAUGCCCCUGAGAUUGCCUUUGAUGCAUGUAUCACACAGAUGUUCUUCAUCCAUGGGUUUGGAGCGGUAGAAUCAGGAGUCCUUGUGUCCAUGGCCUUUGACAGAUUUGUAGCCAUCCGAGACCCACUACACUAUACUUCUAUCCUCAUCCCUAGUGUCAUUGGUAAAAUUGGAAUAGCUAUCCUCACCCGGGCAGUCUGUGUGGUUUUCCCUGUGCCCUUCCUUAUAAAGCGGCUACCAUUCUGUCAUUCCAAUGUCUUAUCUCAUUCUUACUGUCUCCACCAAGAUGCCAUGCGACUAGCCUGUGCCAGCACUCGUGUCAACAGCCUUUAUGGCCUCAUCACCGUCAUCUUCAUACUGGGCCUGGAUGCUCUUAUCAUUCUUUUUUCCUAUGUGCUCAUCUUGAAGACUGUGCUAGGCAUUGCCUCCAAAGCUGAAAGGCUCAAAGCCCUCAAUACCUGCCUCUCUCACAUCUGUGCUGUGUUCCUCUUUUAUGUCCCUCUCAUUAGUGUCACCAUGGUUCACAGAUUUGGGAAGCAUUUGUCACCAGCAGUGCACACACUCAUGGCCAAUAUCUACCUGCUGCUCCCCCCAGUACUGAAUCCCAUUGUUUAUAGUUUGAAGACUAAGCAGAUACGAAGACACAUCCUGAUAGUAUCCAAGAGGAGAAAAAAAUAG